AAAUGGUUUGGUUUUUUUUUUUUUUUAUGGAUUCUCUGUUAGGAGGUUGAUUCGGGGACCUGAGAUUUUGCUUCCUGCCGACGUCGUAUCUACUUGUGGAGCAAACGAUUUAGUGGUGUAUGGCAAAGUGGACAUUGUGUGGCUCAGCAAUUUUCAAGAAAUGGACUGGGAUCAGCUCGACAUGGACCCCAGAGUGAUUGCAGCUAUUAAAAAGGCUAACCUAAGAUCCAUCAAAGAGGUUUUGAAUCUUUCAGGAGCAGAUUUGCAAAGGUUGACCAAACUGUCCAGUGCAGAUGUGCAGUACCUCUUAAAAGCUGUUUCUGGUGCACUGAGAAAGAACUCAGUCCUUACAGCGCUGCAGCUCUUCCGAGAUGAAAACCUCAGCACCUCCCAACGCCAGAAGCUAAGCCUGGGCUGCCCCGUUCUAGAUGGUUUGCUGAGAGGCGGCAUUCCUCUGACGGGGAUCACCGAAAUUGCUGGCGAGAGCUCGGCUGGGAAGACACAGAUCGGUUUGCAGCUCUGCCUUUCUGUGCAAUAUCCACGUGAACACGGUGGACUGGGAUCAGGAGCUGUUUACAUUUGCACGGAAGACAUUUUCCCCCAUAAGCGCCUCCAGCAGCUGAUCGAACGCCAGUCCCAGCUGAGAGUCGAUGUUCCACACGAUGUCGUGCAGAAGAUAAAAUUUGGAAAUAGCAUUUUUGUCGAACACGUGGCCGACAUCGAGACUUUCCAUGACUGCAUCGCCAAGAGGAUUAAUGUGCUGCUUGCGCGAGGCAUGGUGCGCCUGGUCAUCAUCGAUUCCAUUGCAGCCUUAUUCCGGUGCGAGUUCACAGCUAAGGACUCCGUACGCAAAGCCAAGUACUUGCAGAUCUUCGGAGCAAAACUUCACCGCUUAAGCAGCAUGUUCCAGGCACCAGUAGUGUGCAUUAAUCAGGUAACUGAUACGAUGGAUGAGAGCCGCAGUGGCGAUCGCUGCAGUCCUUGCUGUACGGGCAAGAGUGUUGUUCCAGCACUCGGAAUCACUUGGUCCAACCAACUGCUGAUGAGACUGAUGGUAAGCCGCACGGGCCAUCUAGUGCAACCUGCUGGAGAUGCACCCCAUAGAAGCACGUUACGGACAAUGAGAGUGGUUUUUGCGCCUCACCUGCCUCAGUCUUCUUGUUGUUACACAGUGAACUUGGAAGGAGUGAAAGGAAUGAGGAUGGAGACUCCAACAUGAUGUGAAGCAAAGCUGGGAAGGUACAGGUCUUCUCCCUCCUUUUGUUUUUAUAAAGGGAGAGGUUUGAAAUUCCCAAGAUGAAUAAAGAAGCCACGUUUACAUACCAGUAAGGUUUGUUUCAAUAUUUUAUUUUUUUAUACUUUGAAAAUGCCAAAGAAGCUUUUACAUGUCAACAUUUUUAGAAUGAAUCAUAGUUCUGUAACAGGCUUUAAAAAAAUAAACAGGAGUCAUUUAAUGGAAA